CUACACCAUCAUCUCAUAAAAAUCUUUUUCUCAUUAAAAAAAAAUUAUAUCAACAGUCUUCUCGAAAAGGUAAGAAAAAACAUGGCUCAAUACGGCGGCGGCGACUAUGGGAGGCAGACCGAUGAGUACGGGAGGCAGACCGACGAGUACGGCAACCCAAUCCAGCGUGGUGGAGAGGCCGGCCAGUACGGCGCCGGCACCGGCGGAGGAAUCGGGACUGAACAGUACGGCGCCAUCGGGUCGGAUCCAUAUGGCGGCACCACCACCGGCACUGGCGGAGCGUAUGGGACUCACGGAGGAGGGAUGGCCACCGGGAUGGCGGCCGGCGGCGGCGGCUUGGGCGGCCACCACCGCCGCUCUGGGAGUUCCAGCAGCUCGUCUGAGGAUGACGGAAUGGGCGGGAGGAGGAAGAAAGGGAUAAAGGAGAAGAUAAAGGAGAAGUUGCCCGGCGGUCACAAGGAGGGGCAGGUUGAUCAGCCGAGUGGUGGUUAUGGGUACGAAGAGCAUCAUGAGAAGAAGGGUAUGAUGGACAAAAUUAAGGAGAAGAUGCCAGGUGGCGGCCACCACUAGAAUAUACAUAGCUGUUGUAUGGUCUGUUGCGUGCAUGCAUAGUUGGUAUGAAUAAACACGCAUAGUAUGAUUUGCGCGUGUUGUGUGGUUUGGGUUCGGUUUGUGUUAAUUUUGAUUUUGGUUUCGUUGUGCGUCUCCCUUCUUCUACAGAAGGAGAAGAUAGUACGCCUUGUGUUGUAUUGUAUUGUAUUGUUCUUUUAAUGUUUGUUUAAUGCACAUAUGUCAUGUCAAAGUAUAUAUGAUUCAGUUUGUUUUGGAAUUUGGAUGAUCCUCUAUUCCUCGCUUGUGUGUCUUAUCUUUUAGUAGAAAACUCAAUUGCAAUCAUAGCACACCAAUAGAACAGCAAAACAUAAAUAAAAGGAAUAAAAACC